GUGCCUGAAAGCUAACCAGAGCUUCUGAACACCACUUUUAGGAAAAAAGGCUCUCCAUUAUCUAAUGUUUGCUUCAAUGUGAAGAGAAAAAAUAUUCAUGGAUGCCAGAAGAAGAGGAUGAGAGUGUGCCUUCGAGAACAUACCAGCCAUAUCCAAACCUAAAACCGUGGAUGAACGAGGAGAUCUGUAGUCUGCUGGGGGCUAUAUCUGUGGCAUUCAAGACUGGUGAUCCGGAACUAUACAAGAAGUCCAGGUGCCGAUGGGUCUCCUUGGUGUUUUGAGUAACAUCUGGCCUCCAGCAUCCACCGAAAGCCAAAUGCUGCUUUCAUGUUAAUUCAGUUGCUAUUUGUCACAGGUUAAACUCAUUCCUGAAUCAACAAUCCCUGAUUUAACCGUUGUGACGACAAACCAAGUUAUCAGACGAUUGAUGCUAAUGAGAGAGAUAAGGGAGAAACGUUCAAAAUGUUAAUGAGAGAGGAAAGAGAGAUAACGGAAAAGAAACACAAUUCAGAAUAUUGACAGACCGGUUGCUUUGAACCUGAACUGUUUGAAGUUUGAUGGACAGGCGAUACCCCAGCAGAGGGAUAAAAAGAACAGGUUCACUAAGGCGCGGGGACACAUCACGAGAUAACGAGACCCUGGAAGAGCGGUGUGCCCCCACAAGUUGGUGGCAGUUUGGAGGUCCGGUGCGCGGGAACCGACCAUAGACACUCAGGGUGCAAAGGUAUGAUCGGUGGGAGCCUGGUGUGUGUGUCCGCCCUUGCCCGGGUGCCGGGUUCACCGCGGAAGAACGGUCGUAUCCGGAACGGAGGGGUCACAGUCGGCGACCACAGCGGGAUAGAAGACAUAAAAGGGUCCGCCCGAAACCAAUUGCGAAGAACAUCAAAGGUCUACCUGAAUCAAAUUUGCAUCUCUCUCUCUCUCUCUCUCUCUCUCUCCAACGGCACAACAGCGAUUACUGUGAACUGCACUAAACUGAACUGAACUCUGCGUCACUUAAGACUGAUCAUUUUACCCCUGGACUGUGAGAGAGAAACAUUUUCUUUCACCAAGUCUGCAGGAAGUUUUCUCAUUAGAGAAUCUGAUGACAGGGAGGUUUCAUUCGUGGUCAGAGACAUCAGACUCACCAACAGUCACUGUGCUGCUCUGAGUUUCUGUACAGGCAACAUAACAUGAAGCUCUUAUAACUAUCAAAACACCAACAGAGGGAAAAGCAGGGAGAAGAAAUCAAAGGCAGAACUUUUCCCUGAAAUGGCGUUCCGUGUCAAAAUCUGGGUUCAGAAGAGUGUUUCUCAUGCUGGGCUUUUGGUUGUCAUAUAUGCAUUUGUAGGUUGGGAGGGAGCCCAGACAUGGAAUUAUGAAUAUUCACAAUCAAAUAUGACAUGGCCAGAGGCCAGAGUAUACUGCCAAAACCACUACACCGACCUGGUUGCAAUUCAGAACCAAGAGGAAAUUAAUCAUCUAAAUCAGGUGAUACCGAGAAAUCCAACUUACUACUGGAUUGGGAUAAGGAAGAUUGCUGGUGUUUGGACCUGGGUUGGAACAAAUAAAUCACUGGACAAGAAAGCAGAAAACUGGGCGCAAGGUGAACCAACUCCAGGGGGAGAGGAUUGUGUGGAAAUCUAUAUAAAGAGAGACAGAGAUGCAGGAAGAUGGAACAACGAUCCCUGUACAGAAAGACAGAAACGAGCUCUAUGCUACUUGGCUUCAUGCAAACCUACUUCGUGUGAAAAUGGAGAAUGUGUGGAAACGAUAGGAAAUUAUACCUGCCAGUGCAAUGAAGGGUUCAGUGGGUCAGAAUGUGAACAUGCGGUGAGGUGUGAUGUUCCAAAGCUUCCAGCGAAAGGAUAUCAGAACUGUUCCCAUCCAGGUGGAGACUUCACUUUCCGCUCAGUCUGUGUUUAUAGCUGUGCAGAAGGGUUUUCCUUGGUCGGGUCGGAGAGACAGCAAUGUGAAAGCUCUGGAAAGUGGUCAUCCCCUGUACCAACGUGUGAAGCGGUGAGCUGUGAUGUUCCAAAGCUUCCAGCGAAUGGAUAUCAGAACUGUUCCCAUCCAGGUGGAGACUUCACUUUCCGCUCAGUCUGUGUUUAUAGCUGUGCAGAAGGGUUUUCCUUGGUCGGGUCGGAGAGACAGCAAUGUGAAAGCUCUGGAAAGUGGUCAUCCCCUGUACCAACGUGUGAAGCGGUGAGGUGUGAUGUUCCAAAGCUUCCAGCGAAUGGAUAUCAGAACUGUUCCCAUCCAGGUGGAGACUUCACUUUCCGCUCAGUCUGUGUUUAUAGCUGUGCAGAAGGGUUCUCGUUGAUCGGGUCAGAGAGUCUGCAGUGUAACAGCUCUGGAAAGUGGUCAUCACCCAUCCCCACUUGCGAAGCUGUGAAGUGUGAUGUUCCAAAGCUUCCUGCAAAUGGUUAUCAGAACUGUUCCCAUGUAGGUGGCAACUUCACUUUCCGCUCAGUCUGUGUCUACAGCUGUGCAGAAGGGUUCUCGUUGAACGGGUUAGACAAUCUGCAGUGUAACAGCUCUGGAAGGUGGUCGUCACCCACCCCAACUUGCGAAGCUGUAAGGUGUGAGGUUCCAAAGCUUCCCAAGAAUGGAUAUCAGAACUGUUCGCAUGUAGGUGGAGACUUCACUUUCCGCUCGGUCUGCGUUUAUAGCUGUGCAGCAGGGUUCUCGUUGAACGGGUCUGAGAGUCUGCAGUGUGACAGCUCUGGAAGGUGGUCAUCACCCAUACCAACCUGUGAAGAUAUACAGCAAAACCAAUUUGUAACCAAGGUGGCCAUUGGCACUGGAGGGGCCUCGGCUUUACUUUCCCUGCCUUUUAUCGGAUAUUUAAUUAAACUGCAUCGAAGAAAAGCAAAGAAUGAACGUUUGUCACUGUAAGAUCACAGAGAAAGUAGCAAAUACAAGGCUGAACCAGACAAAAUUGGAAAGCUUGAGAUGUCUCUUCUUCACAAAUGAUAUGAGGCUUUUUGUUAUAUUGAUCACCUGAACAGAAUAAAUGGAUUAAAAUAUUGAAGUACCAAAUAAUGUUAUCAUUUAAAGCUAUGAACAAAGAUUGUGUUUAAAUAUGAUGUUGCAAUUUUCAGAGUUUCCAAUGGUAGCUGGAAGAAAAUAGCAAUGUUUAUAUCCCCUGCACUUAAUUAUUAAGGAUCAGUUUUAUAGAUGCUAUUUUAAAUGCAUAAAAUAUUGAUAGAAUUAACUUCCUUGUUUUAGUCAUUUGCUUGCUUAGCUGACAUGUAAAAAUGAAACUGUAUUCGAACAUGUAGAACUUCCAUGUAUAAAGUGCCUCUAAUAUAGUAAAUCAUUGUCUCUAGCAUGGAAAAAGAUAACAUUAAAAUAAAAAGUAUUCUUCUCCAAUACAGUGGCAUGCAAAAGUUUUGGCAACCCUGGUCAAAAUUUCUGUUACUGUGAAUAGUUAAGUGAGUAGAAAAUGAACUGAUCUCCAAAAGUCAUAAAGUGAAAGAUGAAACAUUCUUUUCAGCAUUUUAAGCAAGAUUAGUGUAUUAUUUUUGUUUUGUACAAUUUUAGAGUGAAAAAAAGGAAAGGAGAACCAUGCAAAAGUUUGGGCACCCCAAGAGAUUUGUGCUCUCAGGUAACUUUUACCAAGGUCUCAGACCUUAAUUAGCUUGUUAGAGCUAUGGCUUGUUCACAAUCAUCGUUAGGAAAGGCCAAGUGAUGCAAAUUUCAAAGCUUUAUAAAUAUCCUGACUCCUAAAACCUUGUCCCAACAAUCAGCAGCCAUGGGCUCCUCUAAGCAGCUGCCUAGCACUCUGAAAAUUAAAAUAAAUGAUGCCCACAAAGCAGGAGAAGGCUAUAAGAAGAUAGCAAAGUAUUUUCAGGUAGCCGUUUCCUCAGUUUGUAAUGUAAUUAAGAAAUGGCAGUUAACAGGAACAGUGGAGGUCAAGUUGAGGUCUAGAAGACCAAGAAAACUUUCUGAGAGAACUGCUCGUAGGAUUGCUAGAAAGGCAAAUCAAAACCCCCGUUUGACUGCAAAAGACCUUCAGGAAGAUUUAGCAGACUGGAGUGAUGGUGCACUGUUCUACUGGGCAGCGACACCAGCACAAAUAUGAUCUUCAUGGAAGAGUCAUCAGAAGAAAACCUUUCCUACAUCCUCACCACAAAAUUCAGCAUCAGAACUUUUCAAAGGGACAUCUAAACAAGCCUGAUGCAUUUUGGAAACAAGUCCUGUGGACUGAUGAAGUUAAAAUAGAACUUUUUGGCUGCAAUGAGCAAAGGUAUGUUUGGAGAAAAGAGGGUGCAGAAUUUCAUGAAAAGAACACCUCUCCAACUGUUAAGCACGGGGGUUGAUCGAUCAUGCUUUGGGCUUGUGUUGCAGCCAGUGGCACAGGGAACAUUUCACUGGUAGAGGGAAGAAUGAAUUCAAUUAAAUACCAGCAAAUACUAGAAGCAAACAUCACACUGUCUAUAAAAAAGAUGAAGAUGAAAAGAGGAUGGCUGCUCUAACAGGAUAAUGAUCCUAAACACAUUGCAAAAUCCACAAUGCACUACCUCAAGAGGUGCAAGCUGAAGGUUUUGCCAUGACCCUUACAGUCCCACAACCUAAACAUCAUUGAAGAUCUGUGGAUAGACCUCAAAAGAGCAGUGCAUGCAAGAUGGCCCAAGAAUCUCACAGAACUAGAAGACUUUUGCAAGGAAGACUGGGUGAAAAUCCUCCAAACAAGAAUUGUAAGACUCUUAGCUGGCUACAGAAAGCAUUUACAAGCUGUGAUACUUGCCAAAGGGGGUGUUACUAAGUACUGACCAUGCAGGGUGCCCAAACUUUUGCUUCAGGCCCUUUUCCUUUCUGGUUAUUUUGAAACUGUAAAAGAUGGAAACAAAAAAGUAAUCUUGCUUAAAAUAAUAAAGAAAUGUGUCAUCUUUAACUUUAUGCCUUUUGGAAAUCAGGUAAUCUUUUACUCGCUUAGCUAUUCACAGUAACAGAAAUUUUGACCAGGGGUGCCCAAACUUUUGCUUCAGGUCCUUUUCCUUUUUUGUUAUUUUGAAACUGUAA